AUGUCGCGCGCCGGGGCCGCGGAGAGGGAUGCCGCGGCGAAGCUGCCAGCGCUCAAGAAGAAGAGCUUCUGCCACCACUCCCUGGAUGACGCGGGCCAGGCGGCGGCCGCGGGCGACGGGGAGCUUGCCGAGGGGCCUGCGCCACUGCAGCUGUCGCUGUCGAGCAUGCCCGCAGACGUCAGCCAGUGGUUCGAGGAGCGACAGGGCAGGAUGCUGCAGGACGCAGUUGCGUUCGUGCCUUGGAUAUUGCAGCAGGCUUACCACGAGCAGGGUAUGGAAGGCGGGCGCAUAGUGAUACACCGGGGCGAGGGAGCUGUAUUCUCCUCGGACGCUUCCGGCUUCACGACGCUGACCGACAGGCUGGCCCACAAGAGCAACGGCGCGGAGUUGUUGUCGCAGUGUUUGACAGCGUUUUUCGGUGAGUUGCUAGCAAUUAUCAACGACUACCGUGGGGAUGUCAUCAAAUUCAGCGGUGAUUCCCUCACAGUCUAUUUCCCGGAUUUCGACGACACAGGGUGCAGUGCGUAUAGGAGAAUUAAUGGAGAGAUUCCACCACACGGUUCGUACGGCCAUCCGGACUUGGGCCCGAUGGCCACGGCGGUGCUGAGGGCGUCUGCCUGCUGCGUGGAGAUCCAUAAGCGUUUCCACAAUUACGACACGAGUGUGGACGGAGUCAAGCUCUGCCUCCAUAUCGGUGUCGGCUGCGGCAGGGUGCACAUACUCCAGGUUGGUGGGCAGGAACCGCCAGAGAGCAGACAUCCCAGGUGCGAGUACAUUAUCGUCGGGCAGACUCUCGAGCAGAUCUCCAAGGCCGAGAAGCUAGCCAAAUCAGGCCAGACUUGUUUGAGCCCUGAAGCUUGGCGCUACGUCAAGGACUUUGUGGUGGAGGGAUCGAAGAUCCAAGAGAAUCCAUCGUUUCACUUGAUUGAGGGCCUGGACGAUACCUUCACUUUCCCAACGGUCAAGCAUGCUGCCAAGAUGUUUGAUUGCCGGCGGGAAUUCCAGUUCACUCGCAAAGAAUUGCAUGUGAUCAGGCGUUUCAUCCCAUCGAUUGUUUUCCAGCAGAUUGAGUGCGACACGCUGGCGUACGUCAAUGAGAUGCGCAACGUCUCGACCUGCUUCGUAAACGUCACGGUCGCGGAUCUCAUGACCGAUGAGGGGGCCAAGCAGGCCCAGGACCUUACAUCUCUGGUCCAGAAGUGCUGCUACCGGCACGAGGGAACCUUCAACAAGUUCCUGAUGGGUGAGAAGGGCCUCAAAUUCCUCCUUGUAUUUGGCUUGCCCCCGCUCGUGCACACAGACGACCCCACCCGCGCAGUGCUGGCUUGCUUCGACAUGGCGAAGGAGUUCCAGAGCCUACAUUUGGAGGCCAAGUUCGGCAUCACCACUGGCCGCAGCUACUGCGGGCUCUACGGCAGCACCAGCAGGAAGGAGUACACCGUCGUCGGGGACCGCGUCAACCUGGCCAAUCGCCUCAUGAGCCACGCGUCGUCGGGGAUGAUCCUAUGCGACGAGGAGACGAAGGACCAUGCCACCACGGAAGUCAUUUGGUACGCCUUGGCGGCCAUCAGUGUCAAGGGGGGUGAUAAGCCCGUGAACAUCUUCUGCCCGGAGAAGAAGCCCCAGGCGGAGCACAUCGGAUUGUGCGAGAACGCCGUACAUUUCCCAUGGUAUGACAACCCCUUCGGCGGCAGCUCUUUGUCCGCGAACUGCGACCAGUCCACUUUUCGCACGAACAUGCUGCAGCUCUGCAGCGUUAAGACGUGGCAUGGCAUCCAGGAGGUGCAGAAGCUUCUCGGCGGCCAAUUUAAUAAGGCGCUCUACCUGAACAGCCCGUCGAAGACGCAGCCUGCGCUGAAAGGGAUGAAGUCGACCGCCUCUCUGAUUGGGCCGCCAGAGAACAGUCCCUUCAUCACUGGCGGCGUGGUGGUCAUCGCAGGCGACACUGGCACGGGCAAGAUCGAGCUCGCGGAGCACAUCGUGACUCAGGCGUGGACACGCUUCCAGAUGAUGCCGGUCUUCGCCACCACGGGUCCCAGGCCGUGCGGCGGCAACCGCGCAGUCUCGGAGCUGCUGAGGAGCACGCUCGGAGUCUAUCGCCACCUCGACCCGUCGGUGCCACUGGACGAUGCCGAGGCGCUCGCUAGGGUCAUCCCCGAGUCGGAGGCGCACAACCUUCCGAAGUUGCAGCGGGCGGUCUGCGAGAACUUGUCUUCGGACAGGCCCAAGUUCAGCGAGGCCGAGAUCGGCUCGGCAUGCGAGCUCUUGUCAGCCCUGGCCGACCACACGCCGGUCCUGAUAGUGAUGCAGUUCGAGCAUGGUACGAGCCGUUUCCCCAAGGCACUCAGGGAGGACUGGGGCAACUUCUGGAACAUGGUGACCACACUGAAUCGCUUGGUCGCCGCGCACAAGGGUGGUGCCGCCGAGGGCAAGGCACGGAAGCGGAUCUGCAUGCUGCUCCUCGUCAAAGAUGUCGAAAAGGACAACCCCGCGGUGCAGGAUGCUCACCUCAAGCUGCACCUCGGGGGCCUCGACCAGGAGAGCCUCGCACAGUACGUGAGCAUCUAUCUGGGUGUUCCUCCAGAUGCGGUGGACCCAGAGCUCCACAAGCUCGUGUCCAGGGUGACGCAGGGCAACCCGCUGCACAUCCGGGAGACGAUCUCCGAGCUGCAGCGCAAGCACCUCAACUUCGUGGAGGGGCCCAACAAGCAGACCGUCCGGGUCGAGUGCAGCGACGGAGACAAGGUCGACAUCUCCUCGUGGCAGCACACCGCCAUGGUGUCGGGAACCGUCUGCCAGCUUGAGGGCCUGGAUCCACGGGAGGCGGCGGUAGUCAAGAUGGGCGUGUGCUUCAAGGGCACAUUCACGCUGACCGAUCUCGCGGCACGGAUGUGCUCGCGGUGGGCUGGGUUCACGCGGCUUGACCAGCUGCUGCUGUUCAGCAAGAUGCAAAGGCUGGAGAGUCGAGAAUUCAUCCAGCGUGUCACUGAGACGCGUCGGAUAUGGGAUUCGGCGAAUUGUCAUGAUGGAGGCGACGCAGCCCCGCGCUUCAAAAUUACCAGCAAGCUCAUUAGCUCUGUCGGGGGCUCCAUGGUGCUGGAGGCGCACAAGAAGGCGGUGAAGCGACAGGCUUUGAUCGACCGUGUCCUCAAGGAGCGGCGAGCUGUCCAGAUGGAGCAGAUCUAG